AUGUCCGCACCAAACCCAGGUCGUCAGUCUCCGGACCCUGAACAUCAGACCGGCGCUCAACAACAAGACCAUCCCUCUCAACCGGGGACUGGAAAGCUCGACAACUCUAAAGACAAGAAUGAAGGCAAAGACGAUCAAACCGCCAGCCUCUCGAGCAAUCCAAAGCACAUCCUUCAAGAUCAUGCCGAAACAAAGACGGCCAAGGGUACAGGAGCGUCGAGCUAG